AUGGGAUUUGCUUAUUCACGUUUAUCGAGAUUCAAUGAUGCUGAAGAAGUGUAUAAGGAGGCAUUAAAUAUUAAAUUAACCUUGCCUGCAUAUAACGACACGAGUAUUGCUAAUUCAUAUUGGUGCUUGGCCGUCAUUUACUAUCGCCAAUCAAAAUAUGAAAUAGCUCUAACAAUGAAUCGAACUGUUUUAGAAUUGAGGAUAAAAAGUCUUGGUGAAAGUCAUCCUAGUGUUGCUAAAUCGUACUAUCAUCUUGGGCUUACUUAUUCUAAACUAAGCAAGUAUAACGAAGCCUUGGAUAUGCAUAAGAAUGCUUUACACCUUCGGUUACAUAUUGGGAAAGAAAAUCAAGUGGAUGUUGCCUUGUCCUAUGAGAAAUUAGGCGUUAACUAUGAUCACCUCUGUCGAUAUUCAGAUGCAAUCUCAGCUUUUGAAAAGGGCUUGAACAUUUUGCAAAAACUAUAUGGAAAUCAGCACAUAAAAGUAGCCACCAGCUAUAAUAGUCUUGGAAUAGUCUAUUGCCGUCUAGGACAAUAUGGCAAGGCACAAGAUAUGUAUCAUAAGGCCAUGCAUAUUUUAAUUAAUCUAGGUGGAGGAAACUACGCUCAGAUAGCUACCAUAUGCAAUAAUAUGGGUAAAAUUUUCAAUGGCCAGCAUAAACAGGAUUGCUAUUUUCAUUUUAAUGACACAAAUAGUAUUCUGCUUGAAAGUCAUAAGAGCAAUGUUGUAGAUCAACGGCCGAAAUCCUAUCCAAUUGAAAUAAAAUCUAAAAGUUACGGUAAGUCUAAAUUAAAUCGUUUGGAUGUUUCUUAG